ACGAGUUGCGGAGCGGCCGCCUUCGCUUUCGCCUCCGCCCGGGAGGAGAGUGGAUAGGAGCGAGAGUCCGCCGCUGGCCCGUGAGCCGCCGCCAUGGGGAACCGCGUUUCGCGGGAAGACUUCGAGUGGGUCUACACCGAUCAGCCGCACGCCACUCGUCGCCAGGAGAUCCUGGCAAAGUAUCCAGAGAUAAAAUCCUUAAUGAAACCUGAUUCCAACUUGAUAUGGAUUGUAAUUAUGAUGGUUCUCACUCAGUUUGUUGCAUUUUACUUAGUAAAGGACUUAGACUGGAAGUGGGUCCUGUUUUGGGCAUAUGCCUUUGGCAGCUGCAUUAAUCAUUCAAUGACUCUGGCUAUUCAUGAAGUUUCCCACAACAGUGCCUUUGGCCAUUGCAAAGCUAUGUGGAAUCGUUGGUUUGGAAUAUUUGCCAAUCUCCCUAUUGGUGUCCCAUAUUCAAUUUCCUUUAAGAGAUAUCACAUGGAUCAUCAUCGAUACCUUGGAGGCGACGGCAUCGAUGUGGACAUUCCAACCGACUUUGAAGGCUGGUUCUUCUGUACUACUUUCAGAAAGUUUAUAUGGGUCAUCCUUCAGCCUCUCUUUUAUGCUUUUCGACCUCUGUUCAUCAACCCCAAACCAAUCUCUUAUCUGGAAAUAAUCAAUACUGUGAUCCAGAUCACUUUUGACAUCGUGAUUUACUAUGUUUUGGGAGUUAAAUCUUUAGUCUACAUGUUGGCAGCCUCCUUACUUGGCCUAGGUUUGCACCCGAUUUCUGGACAUUUUAUAGCUGAACAUUAUAUGUUCUUAAAAGGACAUGAAACUUACUCAUAUUAUGGGCCUCUGAAUUUACUCACCUUCAAUGUGGGUUACCAUAAUGAACACCACGACUUUCCCAACAUUCCCGGAAAAAGCCUUCCCCUGGUGAGGAAAAUAGCUGCUGAGUACUAUGACAACCUCCCCCACUACAAUUCCUGGAUAAAAGUGCUAUAUGAUUUUGUGACGGAUGAUACAAUAAGUCCCUAUUCAAGAAUGAAGAGGCAUCGGAAAGGCAAUGAGGUUCAGGAGUAAAUGUCAUUAAGACCAAAGGAACUCCUCUCUGAAACUUGAUCGUAACUGAGAAAGUGGAAUUUUUGCAUUAUUAAAUUAAGACCAACUAUGUUUAGAAGCUGCCCUCAUACAGAUUCAGAGUAUGAUCUUCAUGGUGUCAAGAAGUUAAUCUGGCUUUAAAGAGUCAGUCUGUCUGUGCAGUGUUCAGCUUUACUCAUUAUAUUGCCACUGUGGUGGAUGCCACUUAGGUCUGACCCUUUGUAAGCAUAUCAUAAAAAAAGCUUUUAAAAAGCUAUUUCUAGUAUGUUGUUUUCACUAUAAGGAUUUACUUUAUUAAAAUAGCUAAUAAACUGAGCUAUU